GCGGGGGAUGGUGUCUCCUGCUGAAGCCGGAUAAUCAGACGCAGUGGCCGGCAGCAGGGAGGCAGAGCUGCGGGCUGCUAUCAGGAUUAUACCGGAUAUUUGGAAUAUUUGUGGAUAUUCUGGGAUAUAUUCUGGGCCGUGUGUGUGUGAGCUCCUGGCGGAGGAGCUUGGCUCGGUGCUCGGUGCUUUGCUCGGUGCUUGAUGCCCCGGAGGCCCCGGUGGAGCUCAGACUGCGGAGCCCCGGAGCAGGGCUCAGACACCGGGGGAGCAGAGGAGGAGUCUGAUUGGACCCCGGCCCACCAGCCCCUCCCACCAUGAACCCUAUGAACCAGAUGAAGGCUGGACUGAACAAUCCACACAGUGACGGUUCGUACCCCUAUGAUCCUUCCAGCUGGCAGCAGCAGACCAAUCAGCCCACAGGAUCCCUCUCCGUGGUAACCACCGUCUGGGGAGUGACCAAUCCCUCGGCCAGCCAGGGUCUGGGUGGGGGGGUGAUGGGCCCUGGGGCCAACCCGGGCGGGGGCCCCAUGAUGCAGGGCCCCGGGGGUCCGGGCAUGGGCGGCGGGCCCGGAGGCUACAUGGGCCAGCAGGGCUACGGCGAACCCAGCAAAGGCUACAUGAACCAGGGCAUGUACGGCCGGCCCAGCGGGGGCUACGCUGGAGGCCCGGGGGGCUACACGGGGAGCUACCCGUCCAAUCCCGGCGGCUCCAGAGGAUCAGCUGACUUCACUCAGGCCGCUGCUGCCGCUGUUGCUGCCGCCGCCGCCACGGCAACCGCCACCGCCACGGCAACCGUCGCUGCCAUCCAGGAGAAACAGAACCAGGAAAUGAACUACGGACAGAUGGGGGGUCCAGCCUAUAAUAACCAGUUCAUGGCCCACUCCGGCCCCCGCGGACCCCCUGGCAUGGGACCUGGUCCUGGACCUACCAGAGGCCCCCCCUCAAUGGGCCCCAUGUAUGGGCCUGGAGGGGGCCCUCAGAGGGUCCCUCAGCACCCAAACUACGGCCCUGGACCGCAGCAGGGCCACCUGCGGCCCCCCCAGGGCCUCAAACGGCCCUACAGCUCUGAGUCGUUCUCAGGUAUGUCUCAGCAGUACGGUGUCCCGGUCGGGUCCAGUGUGAGUGUGAUGUCAGGUCCUGGUGGUGCCGGCGGUUCGAUGCCAGGUUCGAUGCCAGGUUCGAUGCCAGGUUCGAUGCCAGGUUCGAUGCCAGGUUCGAUGCCAGGUUCGAUGCCAGGUUCGGGUGGGGGCGGUCACCCUGGUCCCGUCCAGUACUCCAACCCCAACAUGCAGUAUCACCACGGUCCCGGGGGUCCUGGUCCGGCCCCCCAGCGCUCCGGCUCCUCCCCGUCGUACCAGACCCAUAAGAUGCCCCUCCCACAGUAUCCCCCCUCCGCACCCCCCAACUCACAGUACUACAAGCAGGAACAGUUUAAUGGUCAGGGUGGAGGUCUGAACUCUCUGACAGCAGGAGGCGGUGGAGGCGUCUACAACUCCUUCAACCAGCCGUCUGGGCCCGGUCGAGGGUUGCCAGGUUACCCCAGCUCCCCCGUCCCAGGAAACCCGACCCCCCCCAUCACCCCCGGCAGCUCCAUGGCCCCGCCCUACAUGUCGCCUGGCAACAGUGACGUCAAGCCAACGCCUGCUUCCUUCCUGCCUGAUAUCAAACCCAACAUGGCCGGCCUCCCCCCUCCCCCCCCUACAGGUAACCCUAGCGACGACCUGCGGCUGACGUUCCCGGUGCGUGACGGCGUGGUCCUAGAGCCCUUCAGGUUAGAGCACAACCUGGCCGUCAGUAAUCACGUCUUCCAGCUCCGAGACUCCGUCUACAAGACGCUCAUCCUGAGACCGGACCUGGAGCUCCAGUUUAAGUGUUACCAUCAUGAAGAUCGACAGAUGAACACCAACUGGCCCGCCUCCGUCCAGGUGAGUGUGAAUGCGACUCCUCUCACCAUCGAGCGAGGUGAUAAUAAAACUUCCCAUAAGCCUUUGUACCUGAAGCAAGUUUGCCAGCCGGGCAGGAACACGAUCCAGAUCACUGUGACGGCCUGCUGCUGCUCUCACCUGUUCGUGCUGCAGCUGGUUCAUCGUCCGUCGGUGCGUUCGGUGCUUCAGGGUUUGAUGAAGAAGAGGCUGCUGCCUGCAGAGCACUGCGUCACUAAGAUAAAGAGGAACUUCAGCAGCGGCUCCAUCCCUGGGACUCCCGGGUUGAACGGAGAGGACGGUGUGGAGCAAACCGCCAUCAGAGUCUCUUUGAAGUGUCCGAUCACUUUCCGCCGGAUCCAGCUUCCUGCCAGAGGUCACGACUGCAGACACAUACAGUGUUUCGAUCUGGAGUCGUACCUGCAGCUCAACUGUGAGAGAGGAACAUGGAGAUGCCCUGUGUGCAAUAAAACAGCUCUGUUGGAAGGUCUGGAGGUGGAUCAGUACAUGUUGGGAAUCCUCAUCUACGUCCAGAAUUCGGAGUACGAGGAGAUCACCAUCGAUCCGGUGUGCAGCUGGAAGCCGGUUCCUGUGAAGCCGGACCUGCACGUGAAGGAAGAGUCGGACGGUCCGGUUCUGAAGCGCUGCCGGACCGUCAGUCCCAGUCACAUGGUUCUGCCCAGCGUCAUGGAGAUGAUCGUCUCUCUGGGCCCCAACCCUUCCUCCUCCUCCUCCUCCUCUGCUGCAGCCUCCUCCCCGAUGCAGUACCCCUCCCUGCCUGCAGGGGGCAGCACCACCCCCGACUACCCCGGACCAGCUCCGUCCUACCCCGGUCAGACGGGGUUCUCAGACUUCAGUGGUCCUGGGACUCCAGGGGGGGGGGGGGGGGACUUCUCCUCCCCAGGCCCCCCCCCCCUCUCCUACCAGUCUGAGCUGUCCAGUGCCCUCCUCACCCCAGACAAGCCCCCCCCCCCACCCGAUGGCUGCACAGGUACUAUGUCCGUCUCAGGCCGUCUGGACUCCACUUCCCACGGUCCUCCUCUCUCCCAGCAGCAGUCGCAGGGUCUCCACGGCAACGCUCAGAUGAUGCAGCGUAGCAACCAGAAUCCCCGUCUCCAUGGCGACGGGUCCUUCGGGCUGGGGGGGGCUGCAGAGGUUCCCGAACCUUCUCUGGACUUGCUUCCAGAGUUGACUAACCCAGAUGAGUUGCUGUCGUACCUCGGGCCUCCAGACCUCCCGAACAACAACAACGACGACCUGCUGAGUCUGUUCGAGAACAACUGAAACCACCACAGAGACUUUUACUGUGAAAAACACAAACUCUGUUUCCUGUUUCCUGUUUCCCGUUUCCUCGCCGCCGCCGCCGCCGCCGCCGCCGUGACAGCAGGCCCAACAUGGCCGCCGUCUGCACAGGAAGGAGCGGGGGGGGCGAGAAGGAAACUUUUAAAUAUGAAACUCUUUGAUGUGACUCUGAUGAACUUUGAUGGUAACUUUAUUUUAUUUUUGUUUUUUUGUUUUUUUUUUAUUCUCUGAAAAUGUAUUUUGAUCGUUCAUCCUCCAUUCCCCGUCGGAGCUGUGACAUCACGCCUGUGACAUCACGCCUGUG